AUGCUGUAUGUACAUUCAAUCGAGGUCGGAGCUGUAUCCGACAGGGUGCAGCGACUGGCAUUUCUUGCUGCCUGCUCUCUCGGGAUCGCAUUUGUGUCAUGCUACGUCCUUGCUCCUCUUGUUCGAUCCCUCCGAUCUCCCCUCCGCAAGCUCCCAGGACCAUGGUAUGCUCCACUGACGACAUUGCACCUUCGAUACGCCUUCGCCAGGGGUACUAUCUGGAAGCUUGUCGAGUCCAAGCACAGACAAUAUGGACCGGUCUUUCGGUACGGUCCUCGACAAAUAUGGAUCUCGGACAAAGAUGCCUUGCGAACUAUUCUCCAAAAGGUGGACCUUCCCAAGAUACAAAUGUACGCGGAGAUCUCUCGUGAUGCGCACAGCCCAGGCCUGUUUGGGGAAGUGAGACCGGAUCCCCAUAAAACCCUCAAGCGCUUCUUAUCACCCAGAUUUACGGUUGCGCAUGUUGACAAACAGACCCACCUGUUUGAGAAGUGUAUCGGGGAUCUAAUUGCAAAAUACUACCAGCUCACCAAGGCUAAGGCAAAGACAGAUGUAGUCGUGACAGACUUGAUGAUGGAUUUGCAUGGCGUGGCGCUUGACAUCAUGGGAGAGUGUUCCUUUGGCCGAGGUUUUGGGCAAACACUCCCAGUCGAAGAAGAGUACUUAGGAAUGGAGGACCGCAUCUGGCUACAGAUCCCCCACUCCAUCUUCCAUGGCAUGACUCAGAGGUAUAAGAUGGUCUACAUCAAGCGAUGGUUACGAGGGCUCGGGAUAAAGCUGCACUUUGACUGGCCUGCUGAUAUGAUUCGGGCCAUCGAUGCUAUCGUCAGGGAACGCUCCGACUCCAAAGACCACUCUCGAACAGAUUUACUUCAACAUUUUCUCGACAGUGGUACCCGACCAGAUUCGUCCGCACCAAUGAACACUCGGGAUAUCAUCGACCAGGUGUCAGAGAUUCUCCCAGCCGGGUCAGAGACCACUUCUGGAACGAUUGCAUGUCUCUUUCUCGAACUCCUACACAAUCCCGACAAGAAAGCCAAGUUACUGGAUUCACUCCCGGUACUUACUGCCACUGAUCCAAUUAUCAACAGCAAGACGGUGCGGACAGAGCCCGAAUUUCGCUAUCUGAAUGCCUGCAUCAAAGAGACGCUGCGAUUGCACCCUAUUGCGAGCGAGAUGGGUCGCAAAACUGGCACGGAUUGGUAUGAACUUGCGGGAUACUCCAUCCCGCCGGGCACCGUCGUCUCUGCUAGCUACAGGCAUCUGCAUCGUAACCCAGAGUUCUGGCCCGAGCCAUUGAAGUUCUGGCCGGAACGAUGGUUAGAAGAUGAGAACGCCCGUGACGGUGCUCCAGAGCCCGAUAUAAGUGCCUAUUAUCCAUUUUCUGCGGGCCAGCACUCGUGCAUUGGAAUCAACUUCGCGAGGGCCGAGAUGCGCAUGGUCGCUGCAAACGUUUUCGCCCGGUUCGAUCUCGAAGAUAUCAUGAACCAGCACCUUGAUUUCCGGCAAUACAUCACAAUGCAGUUGGAGAACGGCUCGCACAAAGUGGUAUUGAAGCAGCGGUUCUAG